GCGGUUCUCGAGGAAGACACUCCGUCUCUUCCUUUCCUACUAUCCCCGAUCACUUAAUCGGGGACGCUAUGACGGAUGAAGAAUUCGACCAGAUUUAUUCUGGUAGAGGGGACGCAAAUCUCCCCACUCUUGAUAGUGUAUUCGAAGAUUUUGAUGAAGCAAAUCUGGAUAAUCUGGACGGGGACUUGGAGCCUACACUGCAGAGCAACGACGUCGACGUGGAGGCAGAUUUUUUGGGCUUGGUAUAUUUCAAUUCCGUUUUUGUGAAUUUUUUUAUUGAAAUCUGGAUAUGUGUUCACCCCUGCUCCGCCAUAUCAAGCAGACUCCGUAGUACUCCUGAGUCCGGAGUACUCUAUUUCAGUCUCCACCGGCUUCUUGUAUUCUCCACCGGCAGGAGUUCUUGGUGCAUAUCUACCCAGCGAUCACCCAGAAACCAGGGGAUGGAGGCGGUGGUGGUGGAUGCUGGUUCUAAAUUCCUCAAAUCUGGCUUUGCCAUUCCUGACCAAGCUCCGUCCAUGAUAAUUCCAACUCAAAUGAAACGCGUCCCUGAGGAUGAGAGCGCCCUUGAUGCGGCGGUUGAGGAGUCCACGGAGGAGGAAGCUGUGAACCCUAUUGUCCGGGGGUUCGUGAAGGAUUGGGAUGCUAUGGAAGACUUAUUGCAUCAUGUUCUUUACACCGGCCUUGGUUGGGAAAUAGGAAAUGAAGGCCAAAUUUUGUUCACUGAUCCACUUUGCACUCCCAAGGCAAUUAGAGAACAGUUAGUGCAGCUGAUGUUUGAAACAUUUAAUAUCUCAGGGUUUUAUGCCUCUGAGCAAGCAGUGCUGUCGCUCUAUGCUGUUGGGCGUAUAUCAGGAUGCACAGUUGACAUUGGUCAUGGGAAAAUAGAUAUUGCACCGGUAAUUGAAGGUGCUGUUCAGCACCUAGCUUCCAGAAGGUUGGAACUUGGUGGUGCAGAUCUGACACAGUUGCUAGCAGAAAAACUCAGUAUAUCAAAUCCAAUGGUGAAAUUCAAGAUGUCAGAUGUGGAGAAGAUAAAAGAGCAAUAUGCAUGCUGUGCAGAGGAAGACAUUUCGUAUGAUAAGAUGCAACAAUCUAUUCUGGAAGAGGAACAUAUACUACCCGAUGGCCAGAUUAUGUACAUUAAGUAGAGAAUCCAUGUAAAGCAACCAAGGUAUCAUAUGUGAGAAUGGUAAAGAAACCAAGGUAUCAUAUAUGCAAAUGGUUCAGUGGCUAUUGGAAAUUUGGAAUUUGAGAUAAAAUAAGUAAGAACCGAUUACGUUGCUUUGGGCACAUCAGCCAUCGAGAAGCAAGUGUCACGGGAAGAAGAUGGAGUCUUAGAAUGUUUGAAACUUAAUGAGGCAUAAUAGGCCACACAUGACAUGGCGUGAGGGUGUAAAAAGAGAUAUUAGAGUGUUGGAGUGCUGUCCCCAUUGCCUAAUAUUCUGCUUCUGCGCCAGUAUUUUUAAAGGUUUGCCAUGGUGGAAGGUGGUGACAAGAUCAGGGAUGGAGGUGGCUUUCCAGGGCUUUCCAUGCCAGCCAUUUGUCUGGCAGUUAGAGCAGUUUAGGCAAAAAAUGACAGAGUUUUAG